UCCUUCGCCGGAACCAGUAUAACCCGCUGUGUGUGACUUGGUGGCUGGAGCCCUCAGGGGGGUUGUUGUACUCCUACCUCCCGUCCGCUCCUCUCAUACACGCUGCUGGUAACAAAGGAGACAACAACAGGGGGAUGAUGGGUGCUCAGACAACAAGCCUGUCACAGAAACAAUAAGAAACUGAAGCGGUUUGCUUUUUUACGCUGUGGAUAAUUUUUCUUUACUGUAUAAUUCACGGCUGUUUUUUUCCUCUCUCCGCGGGACCGGUUAAGUUUGAAGUAGCUGCGCCCCGGGCCGAUUUUAACCAAAAGCUGUUUUUUCUUGCCAAAACUGACCAUGUUUGACUGCCACCACUAGCGCCGAAUAACCGAGGAGGAAGAGAUAGACAUGUCUGAAUAACAUUGGUGAUGAUGACAUGCUCACACUGACCUUUGCCCUCAAAGCCUGACCUCUGAUUGGUCGGGGCGAGGAGUUAAACAAACAGUAAGAAAAGACUAGAAGCUACCAUGUCUGUCCAGGAAGCAUCCCAGCGGCCCACGUCGCCCUCAUCCCUCAAACCUGAGGCCAAACCCAGACCGGAGAUCCCUCCUAAACCGUCAGCACAAACCGGCUCCCCUCCUCUGGGAGACCGAGGCAGCAGUCAGAGACUUUCUGCAGGGAAAGUCAAGAGGAUCGUGAGCAAGUUUAGCAAAAACGGCUCGAUUGAAUCGGGGGAACAACCCACCAAUGGUACUGCAGAAACAAAGGCUAUUAGACGGUCUAAAAGGCCGCCUACGGUGAAGCCAAAACCGGGCCGCGCCAGCCUGCAUCUUCAGAUCGGAGUAGAGAAGGCGCCUCCGCUGCCUGUGAAGAGGAGCCGCAUCCUGCAGAGGCAGAAAGAGAGUGAUGGAGGAGAGGAGGGGGACAGCAUCAGUGUGGAGGGAGGGCGAUCAGAGCCUGAUGGAAAGGAAGUGGAGACUCAGCUGAUAGGAGGAGGUGAAGCGGAGGCGGCGCACAGUCCUCACACGCCUCUCAGUCCGAGCUGCGACCCAAACUGCAGCUGUGUGUGCCACAUGCAGUGGCCUGGCAUGAAACUAGUAUGGGUGCCUGUGGAUGACGGACAGGAGGGGGAGGAUGGGGGAGGUGGAGACGAAGAUGACACUGAUGUGGAGGAGCAGAGAGAGGAGGUCGAGGAGGAGUGGGAGGAAGUGGACGUAGAGGGAGAGGAGGAGGAGAGCGAGGCAGGGGAUGAGGUGGACAGGACAUCUGCAGUUGAUGAGCAUGAGGUGUUGAAACAAGAAAAGGCAAAGUUCCAUCAAUGUUUGGAUGUUUUGAUCGCCGACGGUCACAGGAGGCGUUCGGACCCGGGCCCUCACGCUGUUCUCACCUCUCUCGCUGUCACUCGCUCGCAGUCUCCUCCUGUUCCCCCGAAACGCUCUCAGUCACCACAGAUCCACCACCUUCCCACCCAAAAUGAAGAAGAGAACAUUUACGAGGCCACUCUUCCAAUGGUCAACCCCGCUCCUAAAAAGGCCGCAAAUGAGUGUAAGGAGCUGGAUAUUCCACUCAUCAAGGUGCGCAAACCAGCCCGGAGGUCGAAACUGUCCUACAGCACCUCAGACCCCACAUCAGAGUUUCAGAUGAACAUAGAACCCAUCUCCAGCCCAGAUGAGGUCCCGCCUGCCAUCCCGCCGAGGAUGCCCGUGGGCAGCCUGACGCCAGUGCACCGCGGCGGCAUUCCUCUCCCGCAGCCCACACUGGAGGAGUGGCGCAACCUGCGGCCCUCGUCCCCCAACAGUUCCACCACCAGCAGCUUGAGCCCCCAGAGGGCCGUCACUCCUCCCCCACCCAGCCCUCACAGACCCCCACCUCCACCACCAAAGACGGAUCCCAGGAGGCUCAGCAGUGCCUCGAUGCAGUCCCUGCAGUCCCUCACGCAGAGAAAAGAAGGAGAGGAGAAUGGAGGGGAGCAAGAGGACACAGCUGAAGAACCGCGUCCAGUCAGGAGCAGCUCCCUCAGGAGGGAGUCUUCGUUCAGCUGGGAGUCCCGGCUGCAGGAUGAGCCUUUGUACCAGACUUACAGAGCCACCGUCAUCACCAAGGAGAUCCGGCGCCAGACAGUUUGUCGCAACAUCAGUAAAACCAGUGUGGACUUCGCCAUGGACUGGACAGCCCGUCGUGCCGGGACUGGGACCGGUACUGGGACCGGUACUGGGACCAGUACUGGGACUGGGACUGGAACUGCAACUGGAAACGGAGCACCCAGAGGCGGCCCUGUGCCCACACCAUGCCAGAGCACCCUGUGGCAGGAUCUCCCAGCUGUGCGGGAGGGAGGGGUGCUGGAGCAGCUCACCCCUGAGCAGUGCAAGUACCAGGAGAGUAUGUUUGAGGUUUUGACAUCUGAGGCCUCUUACCUUCGAUCCCUGCGAGUUCUGACCGAACACUUCCUGGACAGCCGGGAGCUGGAGGAGACGAUGAUCAUCAGAGACAGGAAAACCCUCUUCUCCAACAUCCUGAGGGUCCGAGAGGUCAGCGAGAGGUUCUUGAAAGACCUGGAGGACCGCAUAUUUAAAGACCUGGUUUUCCCUGACAUCUGUGACAUUAUUCACUACCACGCCCAGCACAACUUUCCAGCAUACAUCGACUACGUCCGCAACCAGAUCUACCAGGAGAAGACCUACACCUCGCUCUUGAAGAACAACGCACAGUUUGCUGCAGUCAUCACUCGUCUCCAAGAGUCGCCUCAAUGUCAGCGGCUGCCUUUCAUGUCCUUCUUGCUGUUGCCCUUCCAGCGAAUAACACGCAUCAAAAUGCUAAUUGAGAACAUCCUGAAGAGAACAAAGGAGAGGACGAAAGAGGAGCAGACGGCCUCCAAGGCUUUGGCUUCUGUGUCUAAGAUCAUUGACGAGUGCAACACACAGGUGGGAAAGAUGAGACAGAUGGAGGAGUUGAUCCAUGUCUCUCAAAAACUGGAGUUUGACAAGCUCAAGGCCAUCCCGAUCAUCUCCCAGACACGAUACUUGGAGAAGAAGGGAGAGCUGCAGGAAAUGUCCAGAGGAGCGACUCUCUUUAACAUGAGGGCAAAGUUCACCCCCGUCUACCUCUUCCUGUUCAACGAUCUGCUCAUCAUCACUGCCAAGAAAGGUGGUGAGCGUUUUGUGGUACUCGACCACGCCCAUCGCUCUCUGGUGCAGGCGCAGUCAGUGGAGGAAAGUGGCGGCAGCAGCUCCGGCCCCUACGAGCUCUGCUUCAACCUCACCCUGCUGGAAAACCACCAGGGACGCAUGAUGGAGAGGCUGUUCAAGGCUCCGUCACAGUCAGACAUGCACAGGUGGAUGGCAGCUUUCCCCAACCCCACCAACCCAGACAGAGAUGAAGAUGAAGUGAUUUAUGAGGACUGGGACUGUCCUCAGGUACAGUGUGUGGAGCAGUACAUCGCCCAGCAGGCUGACGAGCUCGCCCUGGAGCCCACUGAGAUCGUCAACGUCAUUCGCAAAACCAACGAGGGCUUUUAUGAAGGCAUCCGCCUGUCUGACGGUCAGAAGGGCUGGUUCCCCGUAGGAAACGUCAUAGAGAUCACCAACGAGCACGUGAGGCGGCGAAACCUUCGAGAGCGCUACAGAGUCAUGCAGGCUGCAAGCAUGGUCUCCAUCAGCAAGUCUAACACUGUCCUGUGUUUGUGAUGUUUACAUUUUAUAGUUUUUUUUUUUAAAAAGACGAUCAAUGGAUACAAACUCUGUACAAAGCUUAUUCAGGACUUGAGUGCAAAGUGUCAGUUUCUAACAACCAGGAAAUGAAAGAUGAAAGGAGAAGGGUGCCGACCAUGACACAUCAUAACAGACCUUCAAUCAACACCUUGAUUCUACUCGUGGGUCAGAGUGUGCAGCUGGGAGCUCGACGUAGAUCAUUUACUCCUGACACGGACAGAAAGCGUGAAUGUGCAUGCAUGCAUUCAAUAACACAGAUCAGCAUCUUCCAGCUGUACAGUUUACCUCUUCUUGUGAGCAUGCAGCCCUGCAGCAACGUCUCCUCUGCACAAACCGAAGCUGCACAUUUGAAAUGCCUAUCAUUCUAGCCACUGCUCGACCACAUUGUACAAAUGUCAGAGCUGUUGCAAAGAAAAGAGCUGGGUGUUCCUUUAAACGCCUCGUGUCAAAGUUGUCACAUGCAAACAAGUUUAAAAUCCUAUCAUUCCUGCCAUGCACAACAACCUAUCCUCUAAGGGGACCAGGUACAGGAUAAAACACAUCUUUAUGAUGCAAGGGACACAUCCUAACUGAAAUUCAACAGUGUUAUCUUUUUAAAAAGGAAUAUAUCUCACUACAAGACAAAUCUUCUAAUCAGGAAGUGCCUUUGACUUCUGUCAGGAUCUUAUAAAGCACAAGAGCUUUGAAAAUGUCAAUGUGGGCCGAGCUGUAACUGCCAUUUUUCAGUCGUAGUGCUGUUCCAAUAGCUUGUUAUCUUGUGUCAGUAGCCAUUGUGAAAUAAUACUGUAGCUCCCCCUGCAGCUUGUUGUCAGUAAAGACGGGAUAUUAUCUGUGGAUAUGCUGUAAAUGUACAAUAUGUUGUAAAUAAUGACUGGGGGGGUCCACUCCUUAAAAGACAGUAGUGGUGCUUUUAAUAAAAAAAAAAAAACGUAUGUC